AUGACAGCGGCUCCCGCAGCCCCGCCCGCAGCCCCGCCCAACCCGCCGCCGGGCCAGCGCCGGCCAAUCCCGCGCCGCGACGCCGGGGAGGGGGCGGGGCCCGGCGCACCGCCCGCCCGGCCCGGCCAAUCGCAGCCGCUCUUCUGCCGCCAGGGAAGGCGGUGCCGGGCCCCUUGUCCAAUAGAAAGGCCUCCCGGCUGGCGCCCCGGGGGUCUCCAGCAGCGCCACGCCGCCGCCGCCCCCCGCAACAAGCACCUGGCGCACGUCCGCGACCCCCGCUCCCCCAGCGCCGGCAUCCCGCGCACCCCCAUCGAGGUGAUGAGCUCCCAGGCCGGCAGCCCUCAGCCCGGCCCCGCCGAGCCUGCGCCGGGCGCCUGCCAGGACCGCGACCCGCGCUCGCCCACGCCGGGCAUCUCCCGCACGCCCAUGCGGGCCCCGUCGGGCGCAGACAGCGUGGAGAGCCUGGUGAAGCAGCUCAGCGAGGCCUUCGGCGCUGAGGCCGCCCCCCCGGAGCCGGCGCCGCCGCCAGCGGAGGAUCGGGCCCGGCGGGGCGGCCCGGAGGCGGUGGCUGCCCCUACGGGUCAGCCGGAGAGGCCGCCUUCUCCCGGCACGGCCCCAGCACGGCCCGCCCGCCCCGCCGGGCCCGGCGGCUCGGGGAGCAAGCCCAUGAGACGCAAGACCAACAGCAAAAUCAUGGCAGCAUCUGGUGGGACUGGCCGCUCUCCCCUCAGCAUCCUGCUGGAUGAUAAUGCCCCCAGUUCUCCCGCCCCUCGCCAGGGUAAGAGGCAUGUGUUGGGGGAGAACCUUGGAGAGAAGAGGGAAGUAACAGUGGAUCUGAACAGGAGCCUCAAAUCUGGGAACUGUGCUUGGAGUGACUUGAACAAAGAGAACCAACGGUGUCCCUUUGUGGAGAACUAAAGAUCCUCUUUUCCAGGAUCUUGCUUCUGUAUUUUGAGAUUCUUCUAGGGGUGAGAAAUCCUGCAAUAGACUGAAAUUUCAGCCUUGUGGUCCCUCUGCUCACCUACCUCGGUUAAGGAGAGGGCACCUCCUCCCUCUCUUCUAGCUUUGUAUUUCUUAUGUACAGUACAGACUUUGUCUCUUCUGUUGAAUAUCAGCUGUAUUGACUUACUGUAGAGUUCUUAUCUGUAGCAAAUAAAUUUGUGUUAAGCCCUU